GUACGAAUUGCGUCAACCCAAUAAAUGAACUGUCCCUGAAAUUUGACAGGCGCCGCAUCUGCCGUGCCGAUGUGCGCUCUCGUCCGGGAUCCCUUCGGUUUGCCCCCAGUCCAGCCCCUUUCAUCGGGCUGGACCAUCAGAUGGCACAUUGACAGCUACCGCCAAACAACGCUGCUGCUCCCUGUCCAAAUCAUUGAUCCGCAACUAGGCUAGCCGUGCCGAGGCGCUGCUGAAAUGAACCAAGCAAUGAUAUGUCGGAGCAGGAUCGAAAGGGGAUGGCAUGCCGCUGUGGAAUAGUCGCUGGCUCGAAAACAAAACGAUCGGCUCAGCCGCCAAUCUUCGAUUCAUCUGUAACUUGUCGGUCGUUACCAAAUCGCAACCAUGAUGAAAGCUCUCUUCCUCACGGCAUUGGCUGCUGGCUCAGCUGCCGCGGCGAACCUCAAGUACCAUGGCAUCGACUGGUCGUCCACCAUCGUGGAGGAGCGUGACAAGGGCGUCACUUACAAGAACGCUCAAGGCGUCGCGAAGCCCCUGGAGGAGAUUCUCGUCGACGCCGGCGUGAACAUGGUCCGCCAGCGCGUCUGGACCGUCGAAGGCGACUACGGCAUCUCGUACAACCUCGAGCUCGCAAAGAGGGCCAACGCAUCGGGGCUCAUGUUCGGCCUCAACCUGCACUACAGCGAUAGCUUCACGAACCCGGGUCUGCAGGACAUCCCGACCGGCUGGCCCACGGCCAUCGACGCCCUCGAGGCCCAGGUCACCAACUACACCGCCGAGGUGUGUGCGGCGUUCGCCGCCGCGGGCCUCUACCCCGAGAUGAUCACCAUCGGCAACGAGAUUGAUGGAGGCAUCCUCUGGCCUACCGGCAAGUAUGACCAGCCCGAGAACCUCGCCCGCCUGCUGCACGCUGGCUCGGCCGCCAUCCGCGCCUCUGCGCUGGGUUCGACUACAAAGAUUGUCACGCACCUUGCCCACGGCUACGACGCCGAUCUGCAGGACUGGUACUACGACAUGCUCGUCAAGACGGGCAAGUUCACCACCGCGGACUGGGACGUCAUCGCGGUGUCCUUUUACCCCUUCUGGAGCUCGGAGGCGACAUUCUCUGCACUCGAGACUGCUCUCAGUGGCCUCGCGACGCAGUACAACAAGGAAGUCCAGGUUGUCGAGACGAACUGGCCGACCAAGUGCACGUCACCCGAUUACACAUUCCCUUCGGACCAGCUUAGCAUUCCACUGAGCACGGCAGGCCAGACGGAGUACAUCACAAUGGUCGCGGAUACUCUGAAGAAGAUUCCCUCUGCCACCGGUCUUAAUUACUGGGAGGCUGCAUGGAUUUCCAACGCCGUCCUGGGUUCCUCUUGCGAGAGCAACGUCAUGUUUGAUGGUACUGGAAAGGCUUACGAUAGUCUUGCUGUUUUUGGCACCAUUUGAGAUGGUCUUCUCGUGUUGUUCCUCUUCGAUAGAGAAACAUCGCGUAUUCAUGUACAUAUUUCUCCGAGGUAAUCCUGUUCAUCCGGUAAAGAUUAAAUACUCCAGUACAUAACUUGGUCUUAAUCACACUGUUGAGUGCAUUCUAUCCCAGGUAGUUUGCUAGAGGAAUUCGGCGAGUAUCACAUCUCACGCAAUUACGGAGCUUGUAAGAUGCAUUUUCCCAGCAAGACAAGGAACGUCCCGUCAAAUUUCAUUAACGACACAGAGCGGAUCGGAA